AUGAGAGCAACACUUACAAUAGAUAUCUCAUUGCUUGAUGGCCUCUGCAAAAGUGCACAGCUUUGUGAGGCAGUGGCUUUACUUGAAGAUAUGGAGGAUAAAGGUAUUAAGCCUACUACUGUCACUUACAAUAUCCUAAUGAACAGUUUGUGUGAGGCUGGGCAACUUGAAGAUGCAGCAAAUUUCUUCUCUGAUCUUGUAUCCAAGGGUCUGCAACCUAAUUGUAAAACGUACACUAUAAUGGUUAAAGGCUUCUGUAAGAAAGGGCUCAUGAGUGAAGCUGCUCAAUUAUUAAGCAAAAUGGAUGAAAAUGGUUGUCCCCCUAAUGAAUGUACCUAUAAUACGAUCAUCCGAGGAUUCAUUCUUAAUAAUGACUUGUCAAAUGCACUAUACUAUCGCGAUGUUAUGGUUGCCAAGGAUUUGAAGCGGACGCUGACACUUUCUCAUUGUUUAUUAGCCUCUUGUCUUCCGGUAAUAACACCUCCAAAGACUUGCUACAGAAGUUCUUGA